AUGAGUAUGGGCUUACAAUGUCCGAGCCGGCCUACUGCAUUGCAGGACAGGAACAGGGAUAGUGACGAGGGAGAUGUUCACAACAGGGAUUAUGAUGUUGCAGCUCUUGCAGCAGAUAAUUUAGGCCAAGCAUUCAGAUAUACUAUAUAUGAGAAUGAUGAUGCAGAGGACACUUACUUUGAAGUAAAUUGUGGAUUCCAGAAGUGGAGCAGAAAAUGCAGAUUACAUGUGAUGAUCGUAUUGAAGGGAUCUAUACCAUUAGCGUUUGGUGGAACAGAGCAGCCUGCUACGUAUAGAGAGUUGGCGUCCAUUGGAGGACUUAACCCUGAUAUCAACAAGAAGCUGAGUGCUGCUAUUGCCAACAUACUUGAAACUAAGUUGUCUGUCCCCAAAUCACGUUAUAAAAGUGCUGCAGUUCCAAAAUUCGGCAUAUGGAACGAUGAUGAUCCUCAAUCUGUUGUGAAAAUUUUACUCAACUUUUCGAUGAUGCUCGGAAGGGAAGGAAUGUGGGGCCUGGAAACUCUUUAA